AAACCCUAAUCUGUCUUCCCGCCUCUCUCCCUCCUAUCUUAAACCCUAAAAUUUAGCAUUGCCAAAUUACACUCUUCAACAUGCGAACUCCUUGAAUCCGGCCUCUCCAUCUUCAUCUCGAUUUUUAUUAAUCUCUCAGAAAAUCAAUGUUACCCACUAUUCCUGUCAUGAAGUCCCUAAUUUCCCCUCCAUUUUCUCCCCUCUCUCUUCGUUUCCCCAUAACCAAACCUUUUGCUUUUUUCUCCUUAUCCUCGAAGAAACUCAACCUCUCAAACCCUAAAUUUCUCCACAUAAACCCUUCGAUGCUUUCACCAAAACCCCCAAUUUCUUCAACCCCAAGUCAACAAUCACAUAUGGAAACAACCCAAUCUUCUUCACCUUGUGGUGAGGUCCACGUCAUCGUCGGACCCAUGUUUGCUGGCAAGACAACAACAUUGCUCCGCCGAAUUCAAGCUGAAAGCAACAAUGGCAGAACUGUGGCUGUAAUAAAAUCAAUCAAGGAUACAAGAUAUGGAUUGGAUUCAAUUGUGACACAUGAUGGCAUGAAACUGCCAUGUUGGCCAUUGACAAAUUUAUCCUCAUUCAGACAAAAAAUUGGAACUGACGCUUAUGAUCAGCUGGAUGUCAUCGGCAUUGAUGAAGCUCAAUUCUUUGAAGGCCUUUAUGACUUCUGCUGUGAAGCUGCUGAUCGUGAUGGCAAAACUGUUAUAGUUGCAGGGCUGGAUGGUGACUUUUUAAGAAGGAGCUUUGGAUCCGUGCUUGAUAUAAUUCCCCUUGCUAAUUCUGUGAUGAAGUUAACGGCUCGAUGUGAACUCUGUGGGAAACGAGCUUUUUUUACAUUGAGAAAGACAGAUGAGACACAAACAGAGUUGAUCGGUGGAGCUGAUGUAUACAUGCCGGUAUGUCGGCAUCAUUAUGUGAGUGGACAAGUAGUGAUUGAAACUGCAAGAAGUGUGUUGGAAUCCCAGAAGCUUCAAUGUGGCUCUUACACAUAAGCUUGUCAAUUAUGAAAUAUUCGCUUUAUGCUUGAUUGGUAAGAAUUAGAAUGUAAAAUAUAAUCAGAUUAAAAAGAAAUAUGGUUAAUGUAGCUUGAUGACAUUUAA